CUCUGUCUCACCUGUAGCGUCAACACAACGGAAGAGUAGACGCUAAGGUCCUUCACUUGCCUCGUAGAUCGUGUUUCUUUCCGACCGUUAGUGAUCUCGACCAGGAUCGUCGCCUAGUCUGCGUUCUACCUUCGCCAUGGAAUGCAUCGCGAGAGCCCCAUCCUCGCUCGCCGCGUACUUCCUUCAAUCGGCGCGGAAGUGUUCAAUUGACGCCCGCGCGAUCAGCAGCGGCUCGUCCAUCUACCACCAGAAUGCCGCGCUCUCCCCCCCCUCCGUCGCGUCCCUCCCAGCAGCGUCACCCACUGAUGUGCCGCCAGCGAGCACCGUCACCAUGGCGGCCCUCGAGGACAUGGCCACACAACUCGCCCGCAACUUGCGCCCUCUCGAAGCCCUCAGACGCUUCAUCAAAGGCAAACGGCGCGCGACCGACAGUGCGAGCGAGUGCGGCAAAGUAAGUAGGGAUAGGACAGGCACCAACGGAGACGACAGUUACGGCGGGGGGGGGGGUCUUCUGGGCCUAAACGCGCUUCCCCUGCCCGCGUUAGUUCCUUGCCCGAUUCCCGUCGUUGCGUCACUCGAUAGUACCUCCCACCACGCCACCGCCCACACGCAAGCCGCAGCUGCUGCCGAGCCGCUCACGGCGCCCAUGCUCACCGGGUCGGCGCGGCUGACGUCAUCGCUGCUGGUGUCGUUCCUGGUGAACUACUCCGUGCUCGUGUCGGACUGGUGGCAGUUCAAGUCCACCGCGCGCGAUCACCUCUUCGCCUGCCUAGGCGCAAGAUGGCCGCUCGCCGUCACGGCAGUGCACGCUGCUAACGACCCCAACUCUGCCGCUGCUAUUGCCGCCACAGCCGCUGCCGCCGCAGCCGUCGCUGCCGCCGCCGCCGCAACUGGCACGACGAGUACGCGUACCCGUCGCGAGCUGUCGCCCGCGUCGCUCAUCCGCAAGCUGAGCGGAAUGUGGAGCGGCCUCCUCGCGCCCGCCAAUGGCCGUGCGGGCGGCAGCGGGGAGGAGACGGGGAGUGAGGAGGAAGAUAGCACGGCGGAAGCCGCGGAAAGAGCUGCGGUGGCGGCGCUGGGGAAGGAGGGCAUUGACGGGGACGGGAAGGGUGUGCGCGUGGCGCACGUGGUGCGCGACGAGCUGGACCCGCGCAUGGUGUGGGCGCAGCGGCAGGCGGACGUGGACGCGGAGGACAUGCGGCGGGACUCGCUGGGCGAGCCCGGGUUCUCCUUCUCCGCCGCGGGGCUGCUGUUCCCCUACCACCUGGGCGUCGCGCAAUACCUGCUGGACCACGGCUACAUCACGGACUCGACGCCGCUAGCGGGCGCGUCUGCGGGAGCGCUGGUGAGCGCGGUGGUGGCGACGGGCGUGGAGCCGCGCAGCCUCAUGCCGCUCGCGAAGCUCGUGGCUGCGGACUGCCGGCAGAACGGCACGGCCUUCCGCAUCGGGGUGCUGCUGCGAGGAGUGUUGAACCGCAUUCUCCCCGACGACGCGCACAUCAAGUGCUCCGGUCGCAUUCGAGUGGCGAUCACGCAGGUGUUUGGAUCGCCGCGCGGGCUGCUGGUGGACGCGUUCGAGUCCAAGGAGGACCUCGUGGACGCGCUCAUCACCUCCUCCUUCGUGCCCGGGUACUUGGAACCCCGGGCCGCCACAUCUUUCCGCAACCGCAUGUGCGUUGAUGGAGGCAUCUCGCACUUCAUCCCACCCACCGCCAGCAAGCACACGGUGCGUGUGUGUGCGUUCCCAGCGAGCGGCUAUGGGAUGACGGGCAUUGACAUUAACCCUGACAUGAAUACGCUCAACAACCAGUGGACCAUGAGACAGUUCCUCUCAUGGGCGCUGGAACCGGCAGAGGAUGACAUCUGGGAUGGGCUCUUCAACAGCGGCUAUGCGGAUGCUGCCACGUGGGCCAGCACAUACACCGGCCCCCUGUACCACCCAACCACCUCCAGUACUCCCAAAACUGGCGCCACCACUUCAGCUGCUGCCAAGAUAUUUAGCAUUGCUAGAUAGAUGAAUAGAAUGUUAGGUGCUAAACAAGGAUUUGCUCAGUAGUACCGUAUGAGCUCAGCAAGGGCUCUUAGUCCACUCUGGCUAAUUGUACAUGUCUUGAUAGGUUGCUGCUUCACUAAGAAGCACAUUCACGAAUCUUCUGGUCAAGCUCCGAGCCAGGCCCCUAGAUUGCAGGAAAAUUUUCCUGAUUCAGGAGAAAAACAGGGUUGUUGCUGGUACCAGCCCUGAUUGCGCAGGAUUUUAUUGAAGGCAUGUCCUGAUUUAUCAGCCU